AGAUUUUUUUUCCACGUUCUUCACAGAACCAGCUGUGAAACGCCGUGUCCACUCGAACUGUUACAAUGUCGUCUGGACCUUUGAAUGCCUCGCUUCUCAGGUUGAAGCUUCUCGAUGCUCUCAGGGGAGGUGACACCGGAAAAGUCGAUGCCAUUAUCAACGAAUUGAAUGUCACCAGAUCGACCGUUCAAACCACGGACUUGGUCCAGUUGAAAGAGACCAUUCUCCACUACGCCGUCCAAGUGGCACCGCUCUCUGUGAUCCAGUUUUUGGUUGCCAAUGCCGAGAAGUACACCAUCGAUAUCAACGCUCAAGAUCCGGAGGGUAACACCCCGCUCCAUUUGGCGGCUGUCAGCUCCCGCAUCGAAGUGGUGAAGUACUUGUUGCUGUUGCCCGAUAUCAACGAUACGAUUGUCAACUUGAAAAAGAAGCAACCCGUAGAAAUGUGCAAGGACUUGACGAUUGCUCAGCUCAUGCAAUUUGAACGAGCAAAGUUUGUCGAAAAAGCAGCGGGCCAAUUGCGCAACCAUUUCAGCACCCGUGAUUUUGACAGCUUGGAGAAACUCUUAGUACUUCAUCCCAGAGCAUCCGAGCUCUUGGACAUUAACGGAGCCGACCCAGAAACUGGCAACACGGUGCUACACGAGUUCAUCAAGAAGGACGAUAUCGAGAUGUGUGACUGGAUCUUGAAGCACGGCGGCGAUCCUUUUAAGAGAGACAAACGUGGCAAGCUUCCUGCCGACUUGAUCCAGAACAAAAACGACCAGUUGAAGAAGAUCAUUAAGAUCGCGUCAAAGGAGCAGAACAUCAUGGAUCCUGUGAUCAACACUACCAACGCCAUCAGAACAGGAAGUGCUCCUACUUACAAGGGUUAUUUGCGUAAAUGGACCAACUUCGCUUCAGGCUAUAAACUCCGUUACUUUGUUCUAGAUGCACAUGGAAUCCUCUCGUAUUAUACUAAUCAAGACGACACUAACAACGCCUGCAGAGGCUCGUUGAAUUUGGGCUAUGCAACGUUACACUUGGAUUCAUCUGAGAAGUUGAAGUUUGAAAUAAUUGGCAAGAAUGGAAUCAGAUGGCAUUUGAAGGCUAAUCACCCCAUCGAGACUAAUAGAUGGGUCUGGACUCUCCAGAAUUCUAUCACUAUUGCGAAAGACAACAUCAAGAGAAGAACGAAGAUAUCUAUUAGUGACGCGGAAAUCCAUCAUGAACAUGGAGUCGAAGCCGCUUCUAUCAAGAAGGAAGAAGCUGAACCUCGUAAACGUCAUUUGCGUAUUCCGGGCAGAAAGUCGAAACACAAAAGAAACCUCAGUCAGGCUUCUACUGGAUCUACCAGCUCUUUCAAUGACAGCAUUGAUGAUGCGAGCUCGCAACCCCCCUCUAGGUCAAGCACUAGUACAUUCAAGAAAUCGCCCAACUUGGGCAAAAUCAAGGAGAAUAAGCUGUUAAGUGGAAUUGCCAAAGAAGAAGCCAGAUUUAGCUUCGAAGACCAGGGCAGUUUUGUAGAGUCAGAAAUUGAGAAUUUCGACUACGACUCGAAUGAUAUAGAUGCUGCUGAUUUCGACAGCGACAACGAAGUAUCAUCUUCGCGUGAUCUUGAAGUCAGAGCUGCUGGUGUAGUGUCUGGACCCCUUGCAGAACAGGUUUGUACCAUUAGAAGAUCACUACAGAUCGAGAUCUCGUCUCUUUUGGAGUUGUUCUCUCUGGCUACAGCUUCUCCUACUGUAAGUGACGAAACAACUAUCCGAGAAGUAGCUGAUGUUGGAUUGAAGACGUUGAAGACCAUCCAAGAUCUCUUCAACAAGUACAACGUAAUCAUUCAGACUAGAGAUGGAAAAAUCUCUAGGCAGUUAGAAAGGCAGUUGGAGAUAAACAGGUUGUGGGAGACAUCUAUUCGUCAGUUGGAGAAUGAAAUUCGUCAACGUGAGAAGAAAUUAGCGGAGUACGAAGGUCAGAAGAAACAGCUCAAGAAGUAUUUAGCCACUGGUGCUGUCAAGUCCGGAAACACUACUCCUGUUUUGACGAAAGAAUUAGGGGAAGCACUUCCAAAGACAAGCCAACCGGUACAAGAGUUGCUUCAAGAGUUUUUGCACGAGGAAUCAGAAGACGAGUUCUUUGAUGCCGAUGAGUUUGAUGAAGAAGCUGAAGAGGCACCAGUAGCUCACACUGAAGCCAAAGAAACGGAAGCAGAAGAAGAGGUUAGUCCCGUUGUUGGGGUCUCUGACUCUACCCAAGUAGUCAAGGAAAUCCAAUCGGAAGAAGUGACUCUUGCUGAAGCCCCUUCUCUAGAAAAGGAGGAGGUGAGCAAAUACAACGAACCCCAGACUUUAGUUUUACAGAAGAUUCAACAGGAAGGAUCAUUCCUUGGUUAUGAAAAUCCACCCAGGCAGAAGUUGUCUAUGGACAAAGACAAUAGACCGAAGGUCGGGUUGUGGGGAGUGUUGAAAUCGUUGGUCGGUAAGGAUAUGACCAGAAUGACGUUACCUGUUUCCUUCAAUGAGCCUACUUCCUUGUUACAGAGAUUAGCUGAAGACAUAGAAUACUGUCCUUUACUCGAUACUGCUGCUACCCUUGAAGAUUCCGCAUUGCGUAUUAUCUAUGUUGCUUCUUUUGCAGCUUCUGAAUAUGCUUCUACUAUUGGCAGAAUUGCUAAACCGUUCAAUCCAUUGCUAGGAGAAACUUUCGAGUACAGUCGUCCAGACCAAAAUUACAGAUUAUUUGUUGAACAAGUGAGCCAUCACCCCCCUAUCAGUGCUUGUUGUGCUCAAUCACCUAAGUGGGAUUACUAUGGAGAGAAUGCUGUAGACUCCAAGUUUAGAGGUAGAUCCUUUGACUUUAAGCAUUUGGGUAAGAUGUUCUGUGUUAUCAGACCAGAUAAUGGUGUAGUUGACAAGAACAAUAAUGUUGUCUCAGAAGAAUUGUACAGUUGGAAGAAAGUCAAUACUUCUGUUGUGGGUAUCAUGCUUGGUAAUCCUACAGUGGAUAACUUCGGUAAGAUGGAAGUCACUAAUCAUACAACUGGUGAUGUUAUAAUUGUAGACUUGAAACAAAGAGGUUGGAGAGAUUCUUCUGCGUACCAGCUUUCUGGUCAAUCUGUUGACAGAUAUGGCAGACCUCAAUGGGCCAUGGGUGGACACUGGAACUCUAGGAUAUUUGCCAAGAAGAUCCAAGAAUCUGUUCGUCAAGAUAAUAACAGGCGUAAUUCAUUGAUAGAUGCAGAAGCACCUACUAAAUUGUCCAACGAUCCAUAUAGUGGUAACAAGUUCUUGGUGUGGCAAGCUGCUCCUAGACCUAACGUUCCAUUCAACUUGACACAGUUCGCAAUCACUCUUAACGGAUUAGAUGGCAACUUGAAAAAUUGGUUGGCUCCAACAGACACCAGAUUGAGACCUGAUCAAAGAGCUAUGGAAGAUGGUAGAUACGACGAAGCUGCUGACGAAAAGCAUAGAGUCGAAGUGAAACAAAGAGUAGCUAGAAAGGAAAGAGAAGAAGCCAACGAAGAGUACGAGCCUAAUUGGUUCGUCAAAAAGGAACACCCAGUGACGGGCGAUGCCUUCUGGGAAUUCCAAGGUCAAUACUGGAAGUUGAGAAUGGACCAUAAAUUAGAGGGCUGCGGAGACAUCUUCUAGAUUGUAGUUUAUAAAUGUGUACUGCAAUUAAUAUUGUAUAUUGCUCAAGGCAGAUAAAAGUACACGU